AUGUGUGAGCGCAGUCUGUACAGAGCGGGCUAUGUGGGCUCGCUCCUGAAUCUGCAGUCUCCGGACUCCUUCUACUUCUCCAACCUGCGGCCCAAUGGAGGCCAGCUGGCCGCGCUGCCCCCCAUCUCGUACCCGCGCGGCGCGCUGCCCUGGGCCACCACGCCCGCCUCCUGCGCCCCCGCGCAGCCUGCCGGUGCCACCGCCUUCGGCAGCUUCUCGCAGCCCUACCUGGCUGGCUCCGGGCCUCUUGGCCUGCAGCCCCUGGGCGCCAAGGACCGACCCGAAGAGCAGGCCAAGUUCUAUACGCCCGACGCGGUCGCUGGGCCUGAGGAGCGCGGCCGAGCGCGGCCGCCCUUUGCCCCCGAGUCUAGCCUGGCCCCCGCAGCCGCUGGUCUCAAAUCGACCAAGUACGACUACGCGGGUGUGGGCCGUGCCGCGCCCGGCUCUGCGGCCCUGCUUGAGGGGACCCCCUGCGCCGCCGGCUUCAAGGACGACGCCAAGGGCCCGCUCAACUUGAACAUGACAGUGCAGGCAGCGGGCGUCGCAUCUUGCCUGCGACCUUCGCUGCCCGACGGCCUGCCGUGGGGGGCGGCCCCCGGGAGGGCCCGCAAGAAGCGGAAACCCUACACCAAGCAGCAGAUUGCAGAGCUGGAGAACGAAUUCCUCCUGAACGAAUUCAUCAACCGACAGAAGCGCAAGGAAUUGUCCAACAGGCUGAACCUCAGCGACCAGCAGGUUAAAAUCUGGUUCCAGAAUCGUCGUAUGAAGAAGAAGCGCGUGGUGCUGCGCGAGCAGGCGCUGGCGCUAUACUAG